CCGAGGAAGGAUGUGAUAUAUACUGGUUGUGAACAUGACAUUGUAUUGUGUCAAUUAACGUUAAAGAAUCGUUACAGGAUGGAUCAGAUUCCCCGUGUAUCAGAAGUCCUGUAUGUGGGUAUGUGUCGUAAGAUAGGGACACCGACAGAAGUGACCUUCAGAAGAGAUAUAUGGGACACGGGGGAAAUAAUACGGAAACCCUUACAGUUAUAUAAAGGUGUGACACAGAUGCUGAGUGGUAGUCGUAGGGAGGGAUUUAGGUUUAAAUCAUCUGACUUUGAUUUCAUGCAGUGGUACCCUGAUCAUAAGGUGAUAUGUGAGAUGUCUCAGUCAACGUUUUAUCAUCCACCCAGACAUACACUUAUCUAUAUGGAGACCUCUGAUACUCCCCCGGGAUUCGCCAGAUUACAACUACUCACACCGUCAAAUCAAGAAAUUGUCAUGUCAUCACUGUUGGAGAGAAAUAAUACUGAAUACAUUUCAUGUUCAUUACUCAGGAUGAGGUUACAUCAGGCAAUGAAAGGAUUUAAUCCAGCCAUUGAAGGUGAAAACCUGCACGGUCCAUGUCACAACUGCACUUAUCGAUCUAUAGAGGCUGAUUUCGCGCUGUGUUUCCAUUCCCAUCAUUGGCCAUUACCAGCCCUUCCCUGGGUUGAUAGAUGUUUGACUCGCGCAUGGCCAUCGCGUAGUGUACUGCAAUCAAUUAUUGAUGAAGGAUUUCAUCUUGUUCCUAUCGCAAACAGACAGACACAUGACAAUUUAGACUUGGAAUGGAGAAUUUCUUUUUCACAAGCAGAGCAAAAGCUAGUGUACUCUAUGAACCAUUGCCAGUUUCUCUGUUACGGAAUUAUGAAAAUAAUUCUGAAAGAAGUGAUUUCUGACGAAUUACUGUGUUCGUAUUUUAUGAAAACAAUAUUAUUUUGGAGAAUUCAAGAGAGCUCUUCAACUCCAUGGUUACCAUCAACAUUACUUCAACAUGUGUGGUUUUGUUUCAAAUCAUUGAUGCAGUGUGUAUAUACCGGUUACCUUCCAAAUUUCUUUAUUCCGGAGAACAACAUGUUUGAAGGAAAAGUUGUCGGGGCACAACAAAUAUUCCUGUAUCAAGAGUUAGAAAGAUUUUACGAAAUAGGCAUUGCCUUGCUGUUACAUAGUCCCACUCUCAGAGAGAUUCUGAUCCCGGCCGUCUCCGAUCCAUACUUUGUAAUGCCGACAGAGGAAAGCUACCUCAAGUCAGAAAUAGAUAUCGAUAUUGCUUUUUAUGGUGAAAGUUUUAGUUGUACAAGGGUGGUCGCUGAAUCGGAUUUCAGAAUGUUGUAUAUCAUGAUAUGUUGAUAAGUGUGCUUAUAUCAACUUCCAUGUCACUUAAAGCACAGUGUUUGUUUGUGUCUAAGAAAAAGAGACACAGCAAUGAGAGGUCAAUAAUUCACAUGUUAGAUCUAGUUUCAAAGUUAGGUUGUGUAUCUGAUGGUUUAUAUUUAGCGUUAUACUUGUACGAUACCGGUAGAUAUCAAACAGCGCUAACUGUCACAGAUAGAGUGAACCAGAGACUCUCACAGCCUCAUAUCAUGUAUAGUAGUGUAGACAGACAGAGAUACAGUGAAGUGGUAGGUGGUCAGUCUAUCUUAACUAAAUAUAGGAAGGCUUGGGCAAGAAAUGUUACGUUCAAAAGUGUGUUUAUCUUUAUUGAAGAAUUAAGGUUGGAACAAGAAGUCAGUAAAAUGAACGGAAUGGAGAUUUUACAUUUAUCUCCCUUUGUGACCGUGCACAUGUUAUCUGUCCUAUGUCACUACAGACUAGGUAACAGGUCACAAUAUAUACAGGCUCUGACAGACCUACACACCCUACUGCUCUAUGAUGAUGGGAGAUACGUAGAGUUAGACAAUAGAGACCUCCCCUGGCAGAUACUGGGGAUCUGUCAACAUGUUUUGGGGGACUUACACGGGGCAUUACAGUCUUAUCAAGAGUCACUUAGACAGAGACCAUAUUACAAAAUAGAGAUAGCUACGGAAACUAGACUUAAUUUUGUUCAAUCACAAUUAAGGAUGAACAGUACUCGGAUAGUGACGUAGAAGAAUUAUGUUACGUGUAAAAACAACCAGACACAGUUUAGUAACUAGCUAUUCAGAUUAAACGGGGACAAGAUAGCUUAUUGCAUGAAUAUGAAUAUAACGUUUUUUGAAUUUUCAGUACACAAUUUUGUUUAUAUUUCAUCGCAUAUAAUUAUAAUAACAGAGACGUCGGAUUCUGUUCCAGUAGAGAGAAUAGCGUGUGAUGGCGGACAAUGUCGUUUGUUAUGACUUACAAAACUCCCUGUCUUGUUGUAGUGAUAUCUUUAAAUGCCUUGCACAACUCUCUAUUUUGUAUUGCUUAUGGGAUUUAUGAGAUUGAUCACUGUUCGUUAUCUUCACCUUUCAUUUUAAGAAUUGACUCUGUAAAGGCCUUCACUAGGAUCGUGUUUUGAAAGGCCAUAAUUGUAUAACCAGAAUUUGUGCCGUUUUACGUGUGAUUCUGAACACCUUUAGGAUGUAAAACUUAUACGGUACCAAUUUGGAUGUAUAUAUACAUGUAUAUAAGUUUUUAUAAUAAAAGCCAUAAAAAGAAUUUUCAAAAAUGUGUAUUGAAAAAUUACUUUUCAAAUCAUUUUAGAUUUUCCUCUUUGCAAUAUAAUAUUUCAUUUUGUAUUACUAUGUUUAAAUGGAUACCUGUAAACUGCGAUAUGAAAUCGAAUUGAAAAAAACCAAACAAAUCGAACUGAUAUCCAAAUUUGAAUACAAAUUAGACAUAGGAAGUUUUAAGUUUUAGUUACAUUUUUAUUUGUUCGUUUUAUUUUGUUAUUAGUUUUUGUUGAUUAAGUAAUGCUCUGGAUAACAAAGGGAAGUGACUGUUGCAACUUCUAGUUUUUGCGGAACAUAUGUAUACUAUUUUGAAAUAGAAAUUAUAUACAGUGCGUGCUACACCUUCUAUACCAGCUCAGAUGUUAUCUAACAAAAUAAACUUUUUUCAUAUCUCUUUUAUUACUUUAUGAUUUAAGAGAUAAUCAACUUUUGAAAUCUUACCUGCAAAAGUCCAGCCUUACAAAAUAAGGCGCGCAGUAAAUGACAUGUUACGGGUGGUCAGUUGCGGGGUUGUCAUUCAAUUGAUCGAUUUUACAGCGGCCAGUUUUGUUGUUUGAUUAUCUAUAAAGUCAUGUAAAACAUUUCUCUUACACUUAUGUAUUGAUAAAAAACACGCACUCUUUUUUAAAAAUUCGGUCCAAUCGUACCUGUGGCUCUCACCUUCAUUGAGUGACCUGAUAAAAUAUAUCUAUAACGAGUAUACAAGCGAAUUUGACGAUUGUACGAGUAAACAAUCUUGAUACGACAGAUCUAGUCCAAAUAUAGCGAUGAUGCAAAGAAUAAGAAAAUAAAAUUUUGAAGAACUUCUACUGUACGUUCCUUAUUUUUCGCGAGUUCUAAAUAUCGCGAAAUGCGUCAAAUGAUAAUGAAUUCGCGAGUGAUAAAGAAUUUUAGU